AUGGGCUUCAUCAGUAAGGAGAGGGAGAAGGCUCUGCUCAGUGAUAAGUGUCCCGGGACCUUCCUGCUCAGGUUCAGUGAGAGCAGCAGAGAGGGAGCCAUCACCUUUACCUGGAUGGAAUACGACCUCUGCAUUCUGAUAUUUAAAUUGAAGAACAGUUUCCUACUCCCUCUCUCUCUCUUUCACUCUGUGGAGCCGUACACGAAGAAGGAGCUGUCAGCCGUCUCUCUGCUCGACAUCAUCCGUACCUACAAAGUGAUGGCUGCCGAGAACAUCCCAGAGAACCCGCUCCGCUUCCUCUACCCCAACAUCCCAAAAGACAAGGCCUUCGGGAAAUACUACCCCAAACCCACAGAGACUCAGGAGCCCAUGGAUGUGGAGAACAAUCCAGAGAGGAGCAGCUACAUGAAGACAGAGCUCAUUUCUGUCUCUGAAGUGUGA